AUGCCGCCACUGCAUACGAUUGAGGAGGCGACGGUCGGCGUAGACGAUGACAUCCACGACCUCAAGUUUUCAAAUCCAGGCUGUUGUUGUUGGAUGCCUUGUCGCUCUGCCAUCAGAUCAAUCUGGUGGCAACAAAUCGGGACCGACGAUUCCAACUCCGCCGCAUACACGAAUAAAAGUUACAAAGAGUCGUGGUGGAGUAGAGGGUGGGCGAAGGUUCGAGAAUGGUCGGAGCUGCCGGCUGGACCAAAAUGGAAGACGUUUAUACGGCGUUUCAACAAGAACAAAACCGGUAACGGAAGAGCGAAAUUCCAUUACGAUCCUUUGAGUUACACCCUUAAUUUCGAUGAAGGGCCGGGGCAAUAUGGUCAUUUCGAUGAGGAUACUUUUAGCAGAAACUUCUCUUCCAGGUACGCCUCGUUGCCUGUCUCCACCAAAUCCUCCAUGGAUUUCGACAAAGAUGGUCCCUUUCUGCCUUGA